AUGGGAAAAAAGCAGAUAGACUCCAGAAUCCCCACCCUUAUUAAGAAUGGAGUCCAAGAAAAAAAACGUAGUCUUUUUAUUAUUGUAGGAGAUAGAGGACGGGAUCAAAUUGUAAAUUUACAUUGGAUUCUUUCUCAAUCAAGAAUUGCAACUCGUCCAUCUGUUUUGUGGAUGUAUAAAAAAGAUCUUUUAGGAUUUACAAGCCAUCGAAAAAAAAGAGAAGCAAAGAUAAAAAAAGAAAUCAAACGAGGUAUACGAGAUCCCAAUGAUGCAACAACACCAUUUGAAUUGUUUAUUGCUGUAACAAAUAUCCGGUAUACAUAUUACAAAGAAUCCGAAAAAAUAUUGGGACAAACAUUUGGAAUGCUUGUUUUACAAGAUUUUGAAGCUAUUACACCUAAUUUAUUAGCAAGAACAAUAGAAACAGUUGAAGGAGGAGGAAUAAUUGCAAUUCUUUUCAAAACAAUGACAAAUUUAAAACAACUAUAUACAAUGACCAUGGAUAUCCAUUCACGCUAUAGAACUGAAGCACAUAAUGAUAUUGUUUCAAGAUUUAAUGAAAGAUUUAUUCUUUCCCUUGGAAGCUGUAGUUCUUGUCUUUUCGUUGAUGAUGAAUUAAACGUUUUACCAAUUUCUGAGGCAAAGAAAAUAAAACCAUUGCCUCCACCUCAGCCAGAAGAACCAAAAAAAGAACUUGAAGAAUUUAAAAAAAAAUAUGAAGACAAACAACCUUUAGGUUCUCUUGUUAAUACAGCAAGAACUCUCGAUCAAGCUAACGCAGUUAUAACAUUUGUCGAUGCAAUUUCAGAAAAAACCUUAAGAAGUACAGUUACUUUAACAGCAGCUAGAGGCAGAGGAAAAUCCGCUGCUCUUGGACUUGCAAUUUCUGCAGCUGUAGCAUAUGGAUAUUCUAACAUUUUUAUAACAUCACCAAGUCCUGAAAACUUAAAAACAUUAUUUGAGUUUAUUUUUAAAGGAUUUGAUUCACUUAAAUAUGAAGAACAUCUUGAUUAUGAUAUAAUUCAGUCUAUUAAUCCUAGUUUUAACAAAUCUAUAGUAAGAGUUAAUAUAUUUCGUAAUCACCGUCAAACGAUUCAAUACAUUCACCCAUCAGAUGCACAUGUUCUUGGACAGGCAGAAUUACUUGUUAUAGAUGAAGCAGCAGCUAUACCGUUGCCAUUAGUUAGAAAACUUUUAGGUCCUUAUUUAACCUUUAUGGCAUCAACAAUUAAUGGCUAUGAGGGAACAGGAAGAUCUCUUUCAUUAAAAUUAAUACAGCAAUUAAGAGAACAAUCUAGGGGAUUCGUGAACAAAGGUUCUAAGCUGGAAAAUUCACAAGAUAAUAUAAAUAAAUCAGAAAAAUUUAAUAAAUCUGAAAUAAAUAACAUAGGUGGUCGAAAACUUAGAGAAAUUACUUUAGAAGAACCUAUUAGAUAUUCCUCUGGGGAUCCUAUAGAAAAAUGGCUUAAUAAAUUGUUGUGUUUAGAUAUAAAUAUUCCAGUAAAUCAGUUUUCUACACAAAGCUAUCCUCAUCCCUCACAUUGUGAACUAUAUUAUGUGAAUCGUGAUACACUUUUUUCUUAUCAUCCUGUUUCAGAAACAUUUCUUCAAACAAUGAUGAGUCUUUAUGUUGCAAGUCAUUAUAAAAAUUCACCAAACGAUCUUCAACUUAUGUCAGAUGCUCCAGCUCAUCAAUUAUUUGUUCUCUUGCCUCCAAUAAAAGAAGAUGAUCAAAGGCUUCCAGAACCUUUAUGUGUAAUUCAAAUAGCACUAGAAGGAGAAAUUUCUAGAGAAUCUGUUAUAAAUAAUCUUAGAAGAGGCCAAAGAAUUGCAGGUGAUCUUAUUCCAUGGGUUAUAUCUGAACAAUAUCAGGAUGAUAAAUUUGCUAGUUUAUCUGGUGCAAGAAUAGUAAGAAUAGCAACCAAUCCAGAAUAUAUUAAGAUGGGAUAUGGAAGCCGUGCAUUACAACUUCUUGAAGACUUCUAUAAAGGAAAAUAUUUUAACCUUUUUGAAGAGAAUAUAGAAUUUGAAGAAAAUAUUAAAAUUGUAAAUGAUGAAAUAGAAGAGUCAUCAUUCUUAACAGAUGAAAUUAAAGUCAGAGAUCCAAAAACAAUGCCACCUUUACUUUUAAAACUUUCACAAAAAAAACCAGGGAUUAUUCAUUAUCUUGGCGUAUCAUAUGGACUAACACCUCAACUUUAUAGAUUUUGGAAAAGGGCAUGCUUUGUUCCUGUUUACCUUAGACAAACACCAAACGAUCUUACUGGAGAACAUACUUGUGUUAUGUUAAAACUUUUGCAAGAUGACAACGAGAAUUGGCUUAAUGCAUUUUCUGAUGAUUUUCAUAAGCGAUUCUUAUCUCUUUUAUCAUUUGAUUUUAGAAAUUUUCCUACUAUUCUUUGUCUUAAUAUCAUAGAAUCUAUAAAUAACGAUUUUACACAAACAAAUAAUAAUAUUAUUACAAAGUCAGAAUUGGACACACAUUUAUCGCCUUUUGAUUUAAAACGACUUGAAUCAUAUGCAAAUAAUAUGUUGGAUUAUCAUACUAUUAUAGACAUGUUGCCAUAUAUCGCGGAUUUGUAUUUUAGAGGGAGAUUUAGGAAUGCUAUAAAAAUGUCAGGAGUACAGAAUGCUAUUCUUUUAGCUAUAGGUUUACAAAGAAGAAGCCUUGAAGACAUAGAGAAAGAACUUAAUCUUCCUUCAAAUCAAGUAUUAGCUAUGCUUGUUAAGAUUCUUAGAAAAAUAUCUGCAUUCUUCAGAGAAUUAUGCUCUAAAGAAAUUGAAAAUAUGUUACCUGUAGAGCAAAAAAUUUUAAAGAAUCAAGUACAAAUUGAUACCGAUAAUGAAGAGGACGAUUCUAAAGGAUUUAUUCCUCUUAAAGAAACUUUAAAAGAAGAAUUGGCUCAAAUUUCUGACAAAAUGGAAGAAAGUUUCAAAGAAAAACAAAGAGAAUUAAUCAAUUCAUUAGAUUUACAAAAAUAUGCUAUUAAAGGACAAGAAAAAGAUUGGGAUGAAGCAGAAACACAGUUUAAAAACGGAAUCCAUCAAGGUAAAAGUUCAGUUGUCAGUAUUCAAAGUCAUUCUGUUAAAAGAAAACAAUUAUCUAUUACAAACAUCCAAUCCACCAAAAAAAAUACAAAGAAAAAACAUAAAAAAACAUAA